CAUUUUCAGUACUCAAACCAACACACAGAACACACAAGACUCAGAAAAUCUCCAAAUUGACCAACAAUCACUCUCAACACUACCUACACCAUCUGCUAAGAAAAAUAAAAACUGUACUUCACCCCACAACACAUGCCACAAUCCAUACAAUCAUACAAAAAGUGGGCAAAAUACUAUACUUCUGUUUGCCAAUCACCAACAGUCACAUGACUCCUCACCAGAACAUAGUACUAAUAGUUAA